UUUUUCUAGGCUAUUCUAGGUUCUGGGAAUUGAACUUAGGUCAUCAGGUUUGCACGGCUCUUGCAAAAUCCACAGAUAUUUCUUUAAAACAAAACUCUACCCUGAGGUUUAUGGUGCAUUUUUGCCUUCAAAGGGGAAGAGAAAGACACUGUCCCUCAGGAAUCCCGCUCUGGACAAUCGAGGAACGUUCUUCCCAGGAUGGUCUCCCACUCGGAGCUGAGGGAACUCAUCUGCUCGGCGGAUGCGGUGUGCUUUGAUGUCGACAGUACAGUCAUCCGAGAGGAAGGCAUUGAUGAGCUGGCCAAAUUCUGCGGUGUGGAGGCGGCUGUGUCUGAAAUGACACGGAAAGCCAUGGGAGGAGCAUUGCCUUUCAAAGACGCGCUCACUGAACGCCUGGCACUGAUCCAGCCCUCUAGGGAGCAGGUGCAAAGGCUCCUAGCUGAGCACCCCCCACACCUGACCCCCGGGAUAAGGGAGCUGGUCAGUCGCCUACAGGAGCGCAAUGUGCAGGUGUUCCUCAUAUCUGGUGGCUUUAGGAGUAUCGUGGAGCACGUUGCUGCGAAGCUCAAUAUCCCAACAGCCAACGUAUUUGCCAAUAGGCUGAAAUUCUACUUCAAUGGUGAAUACGCAGGUUUUGAUGAGAUGCAGCCAACAGCCGAGUCUGGUGGGAAAGGAAAGGUUAUUCGAUUUUUAAAGGAAAAAUUCCACUUUAAGAAAAUAAUCAUGAUUGGAGAUGGAGCUACAGACAUGGAAGCCUGCCCUCCCGCCGAUGCUUUCAUUGGGUUUGGAGGAAAUGUGAUCAGGCAACAAGUCAAGAGCAACGCCAAGUGGUACAUCACUGACUUUGUUGAGCUCUUGGGAGAACUGGAAGAAUAGUCUCAGCUUCCUGCCCACUCAGAACACCUCCAGUCUCUCAGAGCUACGGUCAGGCUCCCGGUACAGUCCGGGAGGUAGCUAGUUUUGUCUACUGCAGUUCCAAUAUUAAUAUGACUACUAAUUACCUGGAGAGUUUUAUACUCUGAAUUCUUUGUGUAUAUUCCUACCUAUAUCUUACCUGGAGCUUUCUGAGGUGUGUGGUAAAUUAAAUGCUUUUACUCUUGCA